UCAGGUGACAGCGUAUGGUUCUGGUGACAGUGCUGAUGUUUGUGCCAUGGUUCGUUGUUCAGAACAGUUAAAACGAUAGCAUCAUUGUUCUCUGUGCGUCAAACAGUUUUACUAACAUUGCAUGGUGCAAUGAAUAUGCCUGUCAAUAGUCAACCGGUGGUGAAAAAGAAGCACGUUCGUUUUGCCAGCAUGGAGGAUGAAGACGAUAACGUCGACGACCAAGAAGAGGAUACACUAUUCGACAAGAGAAAAGACGCCAGGAAAGGUCUCAGAAGUAUGAUCAAAAGUAAUGUCAACAAGACGUUGGCAAGUGCAGGACUGGAUGGCGUAAAAAUAAUUAGUGGUGGUCGGAGAGCGAAUGACCCCGGGGCUUGCGGACGCUGGAUGGUCUCAUUAACACUAUGCGCAUCAUUCCUGGGUCUGGGAAUGUGCAUUUCGGUGCUUGGUCCGACCCUUGAGGACUUGGCCAUCAACGUCAAUAAGAACAUCAGUAACAUUUCUUACAUCUUUGUGGGUCGUUCAGCCGGAUACAUUGGAGGCUCCCUUGUUGGAGGGCUUCUCUUUGACUGCAUGAACCCACACUUGCUUUUGGGGUUCUCUAUGUUGGUGACGGCAUUUGGGAUGAUUGCCAUCCCCUUCUGUAAGAAGGCGCUUUUCCUCACGGGCUUGAUGUCCUGCGUGGGUGUUUCCAUGGGCUUUUUAGACACGGGAGGUAACGUGCUGAUCCUGAGUAUCUGGGGCAGCGAGUCGGGCCCCCACAUGCAGGCCCUCCACUUCAGCUUCGCCGCUGGGGCCUUCUUCUCGCCCAUCAUCGCCAAGCUGCUCUUCGGCAAGUACCACGGCUCCAGGACGCUGCCCGGUGGUGGCGACAACAUCACGGCGGAACUCUCCUCCUCCUCGGCCUCCUCCGCCACCAUCAUCACCGACAAGGUGGCCGAGACCCUGGACUCCAUGCUGCACCUGUCCCCCGUCAGUGGCGGUGGCGAGGGUUUCCACUCUUUGUACGCCUACUUUGUCAUCGCCGCCUUACUGCUGCUCAUCUCUCUGGCCUUCGUCAUCCUCUACUCCUGCGGCACGCCCACCCAACCCGAUCGCUCGCACCCCUCCCCCAGUGACGAGCUGCUGGCCGCCAGGCACCACGUGGCGCUGGUCUGCCUGCUGGCCGUCUUCUUCUUCUGGUACGUGGGCGCCGAGGUGACGUACGGCUCCUUCAUCUUCACCUACGCCAAGGAGUACGCCGGCAUGGCGCAGGCGCAGGCGGCCGGCCUCAACGCCCUCUUCUGGGGCACCUUCGCGGCCACGCGGGGCCUGGCCAUCUUCUUCGCCGCCUGCAUGCGGCCCGGCACCAUGAUCCUGCUCAGCCUGGUGGGCUGCACCUUCUCCUCGCUGCUGCUGGUGCUGUUUAGCCGCAGCGGGCCGGCGCUCUGGAGCUGCACGGCGCUCUACGGGGCCUCCAUGGCCACCGUCUUCCCCAGCGGCCUCUCCUGGCUGGAGCAGUACACGCUGGUGACGGGCCGCUCGGCCGCCGUGUUUGUGGUGGGGGCGGCCCUGGGGGAGAUGGUGCUGCCCGCCGCGCUGGGCUUUCUCCUGGGCAAGCCCAACCUGCAGAAGUACCCACUGGUCAUGCUGCUGGCGCUGGGCUCUGCCACCAUUACCUCCAUCCUCUUCCCCGUCAUGUACAAGCUGGCCGCCGCGCCCACCUCCUCCGCCAUGGGCAAGAGGCCCCGCACCAGGGGCCGGGAGGCCGACGACGAGUACCGGCAGGCCCUGCUGGACUCCGGAGCCGACGAUGAGGAAGAGGAGGAGGAGGAGGAGGAGGAGCAGGAGGACAACAUCGACGACGGUAACGAGGCCGACAACUGGAACGACGCCGACUUUGAGGUGAUCGAGAUGGACGACGCCAACCUCAUGAGUUCUCCCAGUAGAGCGGCGGCAGGGACGUUGGUGUCGGCAUCGGUCUCAGCCUCCCCUCCAGAUGUGACUGUGAACUCCUCUGCUGCCGCAGCGGCGCCAGCCCCCAGCAGAAGCCCCCUCAGGCUGCCCACGCUGGCCGAGUCCCCCAGCAAGUAUGCGGAGAGCUCCCCGCGUCAGAAACAGCUGCUGGCCAUGGACAGGGAGAAGAACGACUGACUGAAUGGUUCUCAAGGCUGACUGAGUCAGGACUACCAAAGACUAAAAGGAUGGCAGUACUGUAUGUUUGGUCUUUUUGACCAUCCGUAACGCGUGCCGUGCACAACCGAACGGUCCGUGUCAUGUCUACACACCUGCUGCAGCGAUGAUCAGGCAUCAUGAAGAAUUUUCAUGAUGCUUGUUGACACCUCUAGGUUUUUUGUUUUUUCUUUUAUUUAUUUUUCUCUUUAUUCUUUUCUUUUUCAAGGGUGGUCACAUUGAGACAAAAGUCUCUUUUUUCAAGUGAGCCCUGGCCAAGACGAGCAGCAGUAGUAUGUUGCGUGCGUCCACUAGCCUGGGCCCGUCCAUGAA